AUGAGCACUCCCAUGAACGAAAGAAGCUUUUGUCGCGAAAGCGAAAGCGCAGCAGAUGAACCCAUUGCCAUUGUGGGCAUGGGCAUGAGAUUACCCGGAAAUGUUCACACCGCAGAUGAGUUCUGGCACAUGCUCGUCUCCGGCAAAAGUGGGCAUGGCCCUGUUCCCAAGAGUCGGUAUAACGCGAAUUCCUUCUUUCACUCCUCUACCGCCCCGGUGACCGGAUAUUUCUUGGAGGAGGACCCUGCGUACUUUGAUGCCGGAUUUUUCUCCGUUGGUGCCAAAGAGGCCAGGCUCAUGGAUCCCCAGCAACGGUUGCUCCUCGAAGUAGUGUGGGAGUGCCUCGAAGACUCCGGCGAAACCAGUUGGCGCGGAAAGGACAUAGGCUGCUAUGUCGGAGUGUUUGGGGAGGAUUGGCUGGAGUUGUCUCUCAAGGGACUAGACCCCUGUCCAGAUCGUCAUCAUGCCCUGGCUACCGGAGGCUUUGCCUUGUCAAACCGAAUCUCGUAUGAAUUUGACCUUCGCGGGCCGAGCAUGACUAUUCAAACCGGAUGCUCCGCUUCGCUGGUCGGCUUGCACGAGGCUUGUCAGGGUCUUCGAUCCGGGCAAUGCUCCUCUGCCAUCGUUGCUGGGACCAACCUUAUAUUGACCCCGACGAUGACAAGCGUCAUGAACCAAAACGGUGUUCUGUCGCCUUCGGGUCAGUGUCAAACUUUUGAUGCCAAUGCGGACGGGUAUGGGCGUGGAGAGGCAAUUAAUGCAGUCUAUAUCAAGCGCCUCAGCGACGCCUUGAGAGAUGGCGACUGUGUUCGUGCGGUAAUACGAUCCACGGCCGUCAAUUUUGACGGGAGGACCGCGGUCAUGACUAACCCCAGCGGAACCGCGCAAGAGGCGCUCAUACGAACUGCAUACAAACAGGCCCAGAUACAUAAAAUUUUCGACACGGGCUUUUUCGAAUGCCAUGGGACCGGUACGUCGGCUGGAGAUUCGGUUGAGACGUCGGUUGUGGCCAAGCUCUUCGAGGGCCAUGGCGUACUCAUGGGUAGUGUCAAGCCAAACUGUGGUCAUUCCGAGGGGGCCUCGGGUCUCACUAGCAUCAUCAAAGCAACCCUUGCCCUUGAACACCGCACCAUCCCACCAAACAUCAAUUUUCAUGAGCCCAAUCCCACUGUUCAGAAGGAAGGCUCCGGAAUUGAGGUUCCAGUGAAAGCCCAACCAUGGCCGAAUGAUCGACAGGAGCGUGUGAGUAUCAAUUCAUUUGGUAUAGCCGGAGCCAACGCGCAUGCCAUUCUGGAUUCUGCGGCUGCAUUUGGGGUACAGAAGAUGUCCCACCCGGGAUCAGACCGUCCGCACCUCGUAGUGGUUUCUGCUCACAACAAAGAGUCCUUACAACGUCGCAUAGAAGACAUAGCAGGCUAUAUAACCUCUAACCCCACGAGCGUUCACGACUUGGCAUAUACAUUAGCAUCACGACGAGAGCAUCACAAUCAUCGGGCAUUCGCGGUGGUCUACCCGAACACGCCAGUGGACCAGUCCCAAUUUCACAUGUCACCAAAGACACUUCCCUCUCCUACAUUAACGUUCGUGUUCACUGGACAAGGGGCGCAAUGGGCGGGAAUGGGUAGGCAGCUUCUCGAAACUGAGCCUCUAUUCCAUAAUGCGAUUAAGCAGAUGGACAAGGUGCUUCAGAACUUGGCAGAUCCCCCAGAAUGGUCAUUGAUUGAGGAACUAUCACGCAUGGGCACUGACUCGCGUGUCAAUGAAGUUGAGCUAGCCCAGCCACUGUGCACUGCCCUACAGCUCGGAUUGCUCCAGAUCCUCGCACACUGGGGUAUUCAACCGAGCACUGUAGUUGGUCAUUCUAGCGGUGAGAUUGCUGCAGCCUGCGCAUCAGGUGCGAUAACAGUUGAAUCAGCUAUCAUUAUUGCAUUCUACCGUGGAAGGCUGGCCAAGUUACAGGAGGGCUCCGGUGCAAUGGCAUCUAUUGGAUUGAGCCAUGAGGAAGUUCUACCGUUCCUCGUCAACGGGGUGGUCGUCGCUUGCGAAAACAGUCCUCGUAACGUGACGAUUUCAGGACCCAAGGAGCAGAUUCCCCAGGUAAUCAGCAACAUUACCGCGGCUUUUCCGGGAACUUUCUGUCGAAAGCUGCGUGUCCAGGUUGCCUACCAUUCUCCGCAAAUGGAGACUAUCGGAACAUCAUACGAAGAUGCUCUUGUACCUCAUAUGAAUCCAGGACCACAUAUGCGACCAAUGAUAUCUACUGUCACUGGGGAUAUCAUUACUGAUCCUUCUCAACUUGGACCAAGCUACUGGCAAGUCGGACCACAUUCCGCUUUAUCUGCGCCUCUUCGGCAGAUAUUUCAAGUUGCUCCUCGGUCACCUCCCGUGUACAUACCCACCCUGACGCGCAACGAUGACCACCAACAAUCCCUGCUGCUCACAACUGCUGGACAUGUGUUCAACACAAGGUCUUUUAUCAGCUUUCCCACAAUCGUGGAAGCUGGUAGACUCCUCAGCGAUAUCCCGCGCUUUCCAUGGACGCAUACUGACAUGUACUGGAGCGAGGGUAGACCAAGUCGCGAUUGGCGGCUACGAUCACUCCCCCACCAUGAGCUACUUGGCCCGAUGAUAAUGGAAGCCACGAUCCAGGAACCAUCAUGGAGAAAUGUGCUGCGGCUAGAUGACGUGCCAUGGCUGUCGGACCAUGUCCUGCACGGCGAGGUCGUCUUCCCAGCUGCCGGGUAUAUUGCCAUGGCCGGCGAAGCCAUUAGGCAGUUGGAUAUCUUCGGUAGCCAAUCAGAAUCUAGUUUGGACCGUUAUACGAUACAGAACAUUCGGUUUGAGUCUCCCCUAAUUAUAGCCAGCGAUGCUUCGGUUGAGGUUAUUUCAAGCCUCAAGCCAAUUGAGCUGGCAGACGGCGUCAUGUCCGGGUGGUACAGCUUUUCUGUAUCCGCAUUCGACGGGGUUAAAUGGACGGUGCACUGCAGGAGCUGCGUACGUGCAGGCAGUGACUGCCCUAUUUCUGCUAAUAGUAGAGAGGUCAGCCCCUUGCCCAGAGUAGUGGAACCCUUACGGUGGUACCGCACAGUCCAGCGAUGUGGAUUGCAAUACGGUCCUCACUUCCAGCGUCUGCAAGACAUCUCUGCAGAUCCAAUUGACAAUGCGGCAGCUGCCACUGUAUACCAGCCUGAAAUGCAGAAAGGCACCCACUACCCUCUCCAUCCUGCUGUCGUCGACCAAGCCCUUCAGCUAAUCGGUAUAGCUGCAUCAAGAGGAAGGUUGCACACCAUUUCGGGCGCCUUUAUUCCCGCCAAGAUUGAGCGCCUCGUCGUGGAUAACGGGACAUGGUCACGGGUUUCUUUCGAAGCUCGGACUUUUGAAGAUAAAGAAAAAGGGCAGCAGGCAAAGAUCAUCGGUAUCACUGAGGGCCAGGCAAUUUUCAGCCUUGAAGGCGGAGUCCUGGCUGGCCUAGCAGGGAUACAUUGGAAGCCAGAUAUCAACUUGCUGCUACCUGAGAAGAUCCUGCCUCCGCGCCCCCAUCUUGGACAUGCCACCCACCGUAGGAUUCUUGGGCUCCUUUCCUUGAUACACAUUCGAGCCACAGCUGAGCGAAUCGAACAUAUCGAUUCAUCCACCGGGCAUUUAUUGAAAUGGAAAUCUUGGAUUCUUUCGGAGGCCGCUAAAAUUCGCGCUGGCGUGCAUGCAAAUCUGCAGCCACUCUCAAGUUGGAUCGAGGAAGUACAGCCGGAGACGCAGGAUAUCCUUCUCUAUGCAGUGAAAGAUGUUCUGCUGCCGUCGUCGGCUAGAAUCAAUGAUGGGUCAUCUACUACUUAUGGAGGCUUAAGCCAGUGGAAUGAUAUGCCUCCGGCUGACUUGUUGGAGAGAAUCUACAGCCGCCUUGAUAGCAUACCGGCCGACCUACCCGGUCUAACCAUCAUCGAAUGUAUGAGAGCAGUCUAUGAGAAUGCCGCCAAUUUCAUGUCUGGGAAAUGCUCCCAGCUAGAGGUACUCGUUGCCAGCAAUAGAUUGGAAAGGUUUUACGAAGACACAUUGUCCCGGGAGACUGAUCUGACGGAAAGUGGCGCCGGAACAGGCUCUAUGAGCGAAAUGGCACUCUCUUCUCUGAGGUCUCCGACCGGCGCACAGAUAUUCUCUCGCUAUGUCUUCACAGACAUUUCCGCGGGAUUCUUCGCCACUGCCCAAGAGAAGUUCAAGGGGCAGGCCAAUAUGGAAUACCGAACAUUGGAUAUCACACGUGAUCCAACGGAACAAGGUUUUGAGGAGCACAGCUUCGACCUGAUCAUCGCUUCCAACGUUAUGCACAUCGCUCCAAAUCUGCAUGAGGCUUUGCUACACGCCAACAAGCUGCUUGCCAAGAAUGGGCGCUUCCUGCUACAGGAGUUUUAUUCGGAUACACCUGUUACGGACUACGUGGUGGGUGCGCUUCCUGGCUGGUGGCUGGGUGAAAACGAUGGACGCCCCGACAAACCUUACAUCUCGGGGGAGGAAUGGGACAAGAAGCUUCGUGCAGCUGGAUUUACUGGAGGCGAGACAAUCGAGCGCGAUCUCGAGGGUUCGGUUCAGCCGUUAUUCACCAUCAUCUCUAGGCCUGUUCAGGAGCCGAUCCCUGACAGAGAGGUAACUAUCCUGGCUUCUAACCCGGAGGAGGCAGGAUGGCCUGGAGAUGUGGCAGCGUGUUUCCGAAGAAGAGGCUAUGAAUUCCACUGGUCAACCUUGGAUGGCUCGCCCUUUAGCAGUCGCACCAUCGUUUCAUUACUGGAGGUUGACAGUCCAUACUUCACUCAGUGUUCCCAGGAAGAAUUUUUGGUUCUCCAACGCUUCUUAAUGCAGAGUAAGGGAUGCAGGAUAUUAUGGGUAGCGCAGCCUAGUACACUUAGCUGCACGGAUCCGCGCUUCAGUAUUAUCCAUGGUCUUGCUCGGGUAUUGAGGCGCGAACUAUCGCUAGAUCUAUCACUCUUGGAGAUUGAUUCCGUUGGAAAGCCUGCACCCGAGACACUAGUUGAACUACAUGAGAAGAUUCAGCAGGCCCGUGAAAUACCAGAUACGGAUCUGGAGUAUGAGUUCGUUUUAGACGGUGGCGUUGUUCACACUGCUCGGUCCUAUCGAACGUCGCUGUCGCAUCACCUCACGACGCAGCCUGUCAUAGAUACACCACGGAAGUUGGGAAUCCAGCAAGUUGGACUGACUAGUACACUGCAGUGGGUACCUGGUGUAGCGCCUCUACAAUUGAAGAGUGGAGAGGUUGAGGUUGACAUGAGCUACGUGGGGCUGAACUUCAAGGACACUUUGGUUGCCAUGGGACUUAUAGGGAACCCGAGCGAUAUGGGUCUAGAAGCAACCGGAGUGGUGCGUCGAGUUGCUCCAGAUGUAACUGACCUGGCCCCUGGGGACCGCGUCGGGGCAUUGGGGACCGGCCUAUUUUGCAACCGUACGGUUCUACGUCGAGGGGCUCUCUCGAAGUUACCGGAUAGCCUUGCUUUGGGAGAUGGUGCCGCCAUGCUGACAGUCUAUUGCACGGUUAUUUACUCGCUAAUGCAGGUUGGGAACCUUCAAAAGGGACAGUCGGUCCUCAUUCACUCUGCUGCCGGUGGGGUUGGUAUCGCAGCCAUAAAUAUUUGCCAGAUGCUCGGUGCUACGAUUUAUGCCACAGUUGGAAACGAGGAGAAGGCAGAGUACCUUGUCAACACCCAUGGGAUCCCCAGAGCGCUGAUCUUCCACUCCCGCAAUACAUCAUUCCUGCCGGAUAUUAUGCGAGCCACUGGUGGACGUGGAGUCGACAUCGUCCUCAACUCACUGAGUGGUGAGUUACUACAUGCAUCCUGGGAAUGUGUGGCAGCCUAUGGGAAAAUGAUUGAAAUCGGACGACGUGACAUUCUAUCCCAUGGAUUGCUCAGUCUGAGCCCGUUUGCCGAAGACCGCUCGUUUCAUGCGGUUAAUCUUGCGAACGUCAGUCGGGACCGUCCUGAUAUAGCGAUAAGCACAGUGAGGACAUGCUUCGAGCUUUUCCAAAAAGGCCAGAUCCGACCCAUUCGGCCUGUUCAUGUUUUUGAUACUGCCCAAGUGAAGGAGGCGUUCCGAUACCUACAGACGGGUAAGCAUAUGGGAAAAGUCGUAAUCCAGAUGACACCAGAUCCGGCGCAGUUACCAUGCGGGCCCGUAAAAUCCAAGGCUUCCUUUCCAGCCAAUGCAGCGUACCUCAUCGUCGGGGGCCUCGGUGGCAUUGGGAGAUCAGUCUCUCGGUGGCUAGUUGAACAUGGGGCUCGCGAGAUAGUGUACCUCUCCCCAUCGGCUGAGAAGGAUGAACAUCGGAAGUUCAUAAAGGAGCUAGAGGUUCAAGGCUACGGCGUUAGCUGUGUGGCAGGCACUGUUACUGACCCUGCCGAUGUUCAACGAGCAAUCGGAAAUUGUACGAACCGUCUCACUGGCGUCGUCCAGAUGGCAUUGAAUUUGCAGGACCGAACCUUCGAGCACAUGACACCGGAGGAAUGGGAUAGCGGGCUAGCCCCCAAAGUCACCGGCACCUGGAAUCUACACACUGCAACCCAGGGCAUGGACCUGUCAUUCUUUGUCAUGUUCGGUUCGAUCGCUGGUUCCGCAGGGUCCCUGGGUCAGGCCAACUACGCUGCCUCAAACACUUUUCUGACCGGGCUUGCCACAUACCGGAGGCAGCGUGGUUUGGCGGCGUCGGUCCUGAAUCUGGGCCCGGUUGAAGAUGUAGGCAUCAUCAGUGAGCGGGCGGACUUUGCCCAAACGACCAGCGUGGCCUCGGCUCAGCCCAUAACAGAACGGGCCGUCCUUGACUCGUUCCAAGUCAGCAUUGAAGACUCCCUUCCGAAUCAGCAGUGCUCAGGAAUACUGGACGUUGGCAUUUCCGACAAAACUGGUAAGAGUGAAAGCGCUUCGCUCAUGCGGUUAUGGGGGCGCGAUGCCCGGUUUGCUAUGCACAGCAACUUAGGGCAGGCGUCGAUGGAUGAGGAAACGAACGGACCUGAACAUCGGCUGCGCGAAUUUCUUAACAAUGUCCAUCAAGACCCUUCAUUACUGAACAAGACUGAUGCGAUUACCGAGUUCAAAUGGAACAUGGCUCACCUUAUUGCGGGUACGAUCUCGAAUGGUCGAAAACUGACUGAUGAAGAGGCUGCCGGUUUCGCAAUCGACUCGCUGGUGGCAAUUGAGAUGAGAAGUUGGGUGCGGCGAACUAUUCAUCUUGAUGUCCCGUUGUCUGAAAUUACAAAGGCUGGCAAUUUGGGGUCAUUGGCUGAUCACAUCGUUAAACUCUUGAGGGCGCAGUAUAAGUUGGGUAGCGUUGGAGAGUAG